CUCCUCCUCUUCCUCCUCACCACCAUUCGGCUUCUGUUCCGGGAAUAAGGGAGGGGUGAGCUCCCUCCCAAACGGCCUGCUUCUCCCGCAAGUGGAGCUUCUGCGCCGGAUUGCUGCUCUGCCCGAAGAUCUAGGGGCGCGCUCUUUUGGAAAGGGGGGGCGGGGCGUCAUGGGAGGGGACCCCCUCCCCCACGUCGACGUUGCAGGGAAGGAAAGGAGAAUCGGGAGCGAGGACAAAGAGGGUCUGCCUUCACCUGCAGCAGAAUUCCCCAACCCACCAAGGAUUUGAGGCCCUUCAGGUAUCCUCACCUGGUUUAGCCGGCCGGUUGAAGCCGUUCCUGGGAUUGUGGCCCCUGUUGCUUGCUGACAGCUUCUGGAAGAAACAGGAUUUCCUUUCCUCCGACUCUGAAGAAGGAAAUGGAGAAGACAGUCAAAACUCCAGGGAAUGGGGCACCUUUCGUUUCAUCAGGAAUAGACAUUAAAAUGUGUGAAAUGUGGAAUAUGCUUCAUUGAACGACCUCCAACAGGGGAGAAACCAUUUAAAGGUAUGGAGUGCAGAAAGAGCUUUAGUGAUAAUGGAAAACUUAGAACACAUCAACGGAUUCACAUGGGGGAGAAACCAUAUAAAUGUAUGGAGUGUGGAAAGAGCUUCAGUCAGAUUGGAAACCUUAGAAUACAUCAACGGACUCACACAGGGGAGAAACCAUUUAAAUGCCUGGAGUGCGGAAAGAGCUUUAGUGAGAAUGGAAAACUUAGAAAACAUCAACAGACUCACACUGGGGAGAAACCAUAUAAAUGUAUGGAAUGUGGAAAGAGCUUUAGUUUAAAUGCAACUCUUAGAAGACAUCAACGGACUCACACGGGGGAGAAACCAUUUAAAUGCCUGGAGUGCGGAAAGUGCUUCAGUCAGAGUGCACACCUCAAUAUACAUCAACAGACUCACACAGGAGAGAAACCAUUUAAAUGUAUGGAAUGUGGAAAGAGCUUUAGUUUAAAUGCAACUCUUAGAAUACAUCAACGGACUCACACGGGGGAGAAACCAUUUAAAUGCCUGGAGUGCGGAAAGUGCUUCAGUCAGAAUGGAGACCUUAGAAAACAUCAACGGACUCACACAGGGGAGAAACCAUGUGAAUGUAUGGAGUGUGGAAAGAGCUUCAGUCAGAUUGGAAACCUUAGAAUACAUCAACAGACUCACACUGGGGAGAAACCAUAUAAAUGUAUGGAAUGUGGAAAGAGCUUUAGUUUAAAUGCAACUCUUAGAAGACAUCAACGGACUCACACGGGGGAGAAACCAUUUAAAUGCCUGGAGUGCGGAAAGUGCUUCAGUCAGAAUGGAGAACUUAGAAAACAUCAACGGACUCACACAGGGGAGAAACCAUUUAAAUGCCUGGAGUGCGGAAAGAGCUUUAGUGAGAAUGGAAAACUUAGAAAACAUCAACAGACUCACACUGGGGAGAAACCAUAUAAAUGUAUGGAAUGUGGAAAGAGCUUUAGUUUAAAUGCAACUCUUAGAAGACAUCAAUGGACUCACACAGGGGAGAAACCAUUUAAAUGCCUGGAGUGCGGAAAGUGCUUCAGUCAGAGUGCACACCUCAAUAUACAUCAACAGACUCACACAGGAGAGAAACCAUUUAAAUGUAUGGAGUGCGGAAAGAGCUUUAGUUUCAAUGCAACUCUUAGAAUACAUCAACGGACUCACACGGGGGAGAAACCAUUUAAAUGCCUGGAGUGCGGAAAGUGCUUCAGUCAGAAUGGAGACCUUAGAAAACAUCAACGGACUCACACAGGGGAGAAACCAUGUGAAUGUAUGGAGUGUGGAAAGAGCUUCAGUCAGAUUGGAAACCUUAGAAUACAUCAACAGACUCACACUGGGGAGAAACCAUAUAAAUGUAUGGAAUGUGGAAAGAGCUUUAGUUUAAAUGCAACUCUUAGAAGACAUCAACGGACUCACACGGGGGAGAAACCAUUUAAAUGCCUGGAGUGCGGAAAGUGCUUCAGUCAGAGUGCACACCUCAAUAUACAUCAACGGACUCACACAGGGGAGAAACCAUUUAAAUGCAUGGAGUGCGGAAAGAGCUUUCGUGAUAAUGGCAACCUUAGAAGACAUCAACAGACUCACACAGGGGAGAAACCAUAUGAAUGUAUGGCGUGCGGAAAGAGCUUUCGUGAUAAUGGAAACCUUAGAACACAUCAACAGAUUCACACUGGGGAGAAACCAUAUAAAUGUAUGGAAUGUGGAAAGAGCUUUAGUUUAAAUGCAACUCUUAGAAGACAUCAACGGACUCACACGGGGGAGAAACCAUUUAAAUGCCUGGAGUGCGGAAAGUGCUUCAGUCAGAAUGGAGACCUUAGAAAACAUCAACGGACUCACACAGGGGAGAAACCAUGUGAAUGUAUGGAGUGUGGAAAGAGCUUCAGUCAGAUUGGAAACCUUAGAAUACAUCAACAGACUCACACUGGGGAGAAACCAUAUAAAUGUAUGGAAUGUGGAAAGAGCUUUAGUUUAAAUGCAACUCUUAGAAGACAUCAACGGACUCACACGGGGGAGAAACCAUAUAAAUGCAUGGAGUGCGGAAAGUGCUUCAGUCAGAGUGCACACCUCAAUAUACAUCAACAGACUCACACAGGGGAGAAACCAUAUAAUUGUACAGAGUGUGAAAAGAGCUUUAGUGAUAAUGGAAAACUUAGAAAACAUCAACAGACUCACACAGGAGAGAAACCAUUUAAAUGUAUGGAGUGCGGAAAGAGCUUUAGUUUCAAUGCAACCCUUAGAAUACAUCAACGGACUCACACAGGGGAGAAACCAUUUAAAUGUAUGGAGUGUGGAAAGAGCUUUAAUUUAAAUGCAACCCUUAGAAGACAUCAACGGACUCACACGGGGGAGAAACCAUUUAAAUGCCUGGAGUGCGGAAAGAGCUUCAGUCAGAAUGGAAACCUAAAUAUGCAUCAACGGACUCACACAGGGGAGAAACCAUUUAAAUGUAUGGAGUGUGGAAAGAGCUUCAGUCGAAGUGGAAGCCUUAGAAGACAUCAACGGACUCACAGAGGGGAGAAACCAUUUAAAUGUAUGGAGUGCGGAAAGAGCUUCAGUCGGAAUGGAGACCUUAAAUUACACCAGUGGAUUCACACAGGGGAGAAACCAUUUAAAUGCAUGGAGUGCGGAAAGUGCUUCAGUGAUAAUGGAAGCCUUAGAAGACAUCAACGGACUCACACAGGGGAGAAACCAUUUAAAUGCAUGGAGUGUGGAAAAAGCUUCAGUUUCAAUGCAACCCUGCGAAGACAUCAACAGACUCACAAAGGAGAGAAACCAUAUAAAUGUAAGGAGUGUGGAAAGAGUUUCAGUCAGAGUGGACACCUCAAUAUACAUCAACGGACUCACACGGGUGAAAAACCAUAUAAAUGUAUGGAGUGUGGGAAGAGAUAUAGUGAUAAUGGACAACUUAGAACACAUCAACGGAUUCACACAGGGGAGAAACCAUUUAAAUGCAUGGAUUGCGAAAAAAGCUUUAGUGAUAAUGGAUCCUUUAGGAAACAUCAACGGACUCACACAGGGGAGAAACCAUAUAAAUGUAUGGAGUGCGGGAAGAGCUUUAGUGAAAGUGGAUCUCUUAGAAAACAUCAACGAACUCACACUGGGGAGAAACCAUUUAAAUGCAUGGAGUGUGGGGACAGCUUUAGUGAUAAUGGAAAUCUUAGAAGACAUCAACGAACUCACACAGGGGAGAAACCAUUUAAAUGCAUGGAUUGCAAAAAAAGCUUUAGUGAUAAUGGAUCCCUUAGAAAACAUCAACGGACUCACACAGGGCUGCAGGCAGAGUGGAAUCCUUGAUUUUCAUCAACAAACUCACACAAGAGACAAACCAUAUAAAUGGCAGCAAAGGAGAUAAGAGUUUCAGUCCUAGUGGAACAUCAACAGACAUGCACAGAAAGAACUUUAAUAGUUGCCACCCUACAAACCAUCAACAACCUCAAAGUGGAGAAGCAGUUUAAAUGGAGGGAUUACAAAAAGUGCUUUAGUUAUAAUGGAGUGUUUAGGAAACAUCUAGGGAGUCUCACAAGGGAGAACCCAUUUAGAUGUAUGGAGCACGGGACAUGUUCCACUCAGAGGAAAUCCUUCUUCCGGCUUCAGGGCCCAGCUGAGUGUUGUCAUUCUCUCCAACUAGGUAACUCCUGUCUAAUCUGCUCUCUGUCUGCGUCUCUCCCUGCUUCUGAGACCACUGGAAACGAGGGGGGCCGUUUCUCCCCCUCCAGCUCCUCUUCUGAGGAAAGCUGAUCUGCCUGAGAAUGGAUUCCCCCAUAUUUGGCUUCAGACCAUUCCCUGACAAAACACAUUGCUCUAUGUCCUUCCAGCCUCUUUCCUCCCUUGCUCCCUUCUGCCGGUGUGUGUGCCUGACUUAGAUAUCCUGUGUGCUGUAUUUUUUUUACUGCUGAAACUGGAUUUGCUCUCAGGAGCAAAGUUUUGUGCCUCACUGGGGACCCAGUGAGAACUGUAUGCUUUGAAAGCUCAGUAAACUAUUACUGAAGAA